GCCUACAAAACAAUUCCAUCAGGUGGCGCAAAGGAAUAUGGAAAAUAUAAGUACACCGAUUCAUCUUUUUGUAAUACAAACGGAUUCGCUCUAAAAUAAUAAAUAAAGAUCAAUCGAUUACUAGUACAAAAUGUUUUAUUCAAGAGCUGUAAUUAACACGGUUAAUUUUCAAAACCAUUAAGGGCGUAUAAACGCGAGGCUAAGCAGUUGGAACUGAAAUACUGUAAUGAGCAGGAGUUUUUGCUGAUUACAGAGACGGACCCCGGUCCUGCUGUUUAUUCUGAUGUACUACACGCUGGAGUUCUGCUUUAGAUUUCAUUCCCUGGUCUUUAUCGCACAGAUACCAAUAAUGGAGUUUUCUGAAAGGAAAAGGAGCAGAAAAUCCCAAAGCUUCAAACUGAUUAACGAAGAAGAUUACGAAGCAGAAUACUUUGCAAGCAGUAACACCCUUGAUGCAAACGGGGAAAUAAAUGAUACAAAAAUGGCUGAAGCUUGGCUAGGUGACGAAGGCAUGGAGAUUAAGAAACAGAUCACUGGUAUGAUGAGGCUGUUAAAUGACAAGGCCGGCCGAGUAUAUCAGAGAGUGGGGAAGGAGGGGGAGAACCUGAAGCAGGAGCCCAAGGAUGUCGAUGUGAGGUGGGCCCAGCCUGCCCCUGCUGUCGCUCCAACUAUCUCUGUGAGCCAGGAAGUUCCCCAGCACAGCACAUGGAACCAAGAUCCUGUAGUUGCUCCUCAGGUCUCUGGGCAAUAUGGCACUCGAUCAAAAACCUUAAAAAUGAUGAACAAGACAAAGAACACACUCAAAACAAAUGGAGAGAUUCCUUCUGCGGCAACUAACACUACUGGACCUGGCUGUUGUAUGUGUAACUGUAAGACAACGCUGCAGGCUAUACUUCAGGAGCUCAGAGCCAUGAGGAAGUUAAUGCAGACCCAAAAAGGAGCUCAGGAGAAGCAGCGGGCUCCAAGCAGUGUUAGUGUUGUUCGAUCUUCUACACCCCGAAAGAGGACUCGGAAAAGGAGGCCUGCCCACAAAAUCACACCGCAGGCUGGGCACAGCAGGAAAAUGAAUGUCCAGCCCAGCAGCACUCCAGAGACCAGUGGGCGAAGAGAAAGAAGGGAGAGAUCCAGUCUUCCCUCACCUGCUUCAGCAGCAGGCAUUGAAAACCAUGUUCCUCAAUAUGGGAUUGUCAGAGAAAUGCCUUCCUCAGAACCUGAAGUCCAGCUGGCUGAGGACUAUGAUGUCUACAUACCAAAAUCCCAGCUGGAUUCCAUCCUUGUAAAUUACACCCGUUCCGGAAGCUUGCUGUUCAGGAAGCUGGUGUGUGCGUUCUUCGACGACACAACGCUAGCCAACUCUCUCCCCAAUGGCAAGAGGAAGAGAGGCCUAAAUGACAACAGAAAAGGGCUGGAUCAGAAUAUUGUGGGAGCUAUUAAAGUCUUCACAGAGAAGUAUUGCACUGCGAACAGAAUUGAGAAACUCCCGGGACCAAGAGAUUGGGUACAAAUUCUUCAGGACCAGAUUAAACUGGCCAGGAGACGGUUAAAGAGAGGAAAUUGUGCAGAAAUUGUCGACUGUGACGAAAUUGUGAACAGGAGUUCCCAAAGCACGACAGGUACAGAGCUUCCAGAAUCCAUUCAUAAUGAAGAAGAGGAUCUUGAGUGUUCUAAAGAAAAAGAUGACAGUUUUGUGAAAGGUUGUGUUGUUGAGAAGAGCACAGAAGACUCUGAGCGUGAUAUAAAAAAGGACGUCACAGCUUAAACUUAAUCUUUGCUACCAAAUAACAAUAGCCUUGCAAUGGCGAUAAGUCAUAGUGGGUCUACUAACUUUAUCCAGUGAGACACUUUUAAUUCCAUUGUUUAGAAAGCUUCUAGUUCUCUUUUGUGAGACAAAUUAGUUUUGUGGUUGUAGUAAAAUUAUUACCAAAGUAGCCAACUUUGAAAGUCUAUUUUGCUCUCUUGUUAUAUCUGCAAAAUUACAUGGCUAUGUGGAGUUGUGUUUUUGCAACUCAGUGAUCUUUUGCUUAGUCAAUACUGUGGAUCUAUGGUUUUGAGAUGGAGCUGAAUUAAGAAAAUACUCAUGAUCUCUUUGGACUUCCCAUGUUAUAACCAGGUCCUAAAGCACUUGUUUUGUUAAAUAUCAUGUCAGCCUUUUCCACUGUUGAUCAUGUCAUUGUGCUAAAACAUCUGUAGUUCCACUUUGGUCUUUCUGGAAAAACUCAGAAUGGUGUACUUUGUGUGUAUUUCAUGGUCAUACAGUAUAUCUAAUUACACCAACUAACUUCAACUUCAAACUAGGUGCUGUACAGUCUGGUAUUUCCCAGAGCUCUACUUUGGGCCUUUUGCUAUUAAAUGUAUAAAUGUUACCUAUUAAGGUCAUAAAAAAAUUUGGUGAUUACUUUUAUAUUUGUAAUACACAAGUCUGUGCAUUCCUUCCAGCCCAAUCAUGCAUGGCAAUAACUACCCUCAGAGAAAUUAAAUUUAGUAAUGGAUGGCUACAAACUUCAAAUAACUGAAAAUAAACCGUGAUAAAAGAGAUGUACGGUCAAGUGUCUUCAAAUCAGAAUUUGUCAAACUUGACCACAUUAGAAUUACUUUCAAAGGGAGACACCUGAGCGAUAACUAUAAUUAUCUUAUUUCUGUUAUUAGAACUGCAUUUCCAAUUUGAGCACUUUAGCCAAGCUAAAGUUUGUGCGAAACAAAAAAAAAUCAGAGAGAUUAGUACAUGUAUUUGUAUCUUAAAAUGACUCCUCAAAUGCCUCAUCUGUUUUCAUUUGUUAAUUAUAUUUUUAUCAAAGAACCUUUCUUCAUAUUUCAUAAAAAACAUCCCUUAUUUACUGUAAAACUUCACUCCUAAACAUGUAAUGCAUCUUAAUAAUAUGUCGUUUUCUAAAUGUGGCUAUAGUUCUGUACAUGUUCUCUUUUAAUACGACAAAAGUCAAAAGUGAAAACACCGACACAUUUUGGAAUGAACAUUCUUCUAUAACUGGUUUGGAUCAGGAGUGCAUCAUAUUUGUGGACUGUAUUGCUUUGUUCUUAAUUCUGUAUGGGAUGGGUUGACCUGAUGAACGCUAUAAACAGUAUAUACAGUAUAGAGGGUGUUUCAGUAAAUAAAGUAAAAAGACCUCCCGCAGCCAAAAAUGAGUUUUGAAUAGGAGAAGCACUCUACCGCCUUUUAUGUGUUUGGUUUUGAGACUACAUGAGUCACAAGUCUUAGUACUGUACAGUACCUCCAAGUAUUAGGAUAAAAAUGGCAUGCUUUGUGCAGUAGUAGUUGAAAACUGAAAUGCACUGAGUGAUUGAACUUUAGCAAGAAAGAGCGUGACACAGUUGUACUUCUAUGCCCACCUAUGAAGACAUACCAACCUCAUGCUAAAUCAUGCAAAGAGAUGUCAGUGCCAUGCAGUGCCUCCAAUAAUGGCAAGACAGCUGCUCAUAAUGAGCAGUGACCUGGAUGGCCAAAGAUCUCCUACACAGUUGAGAAUGUUUGCUGCGAUUUAAGUACUGCUCUGGGCACAAUAUUGCCCAUAGGUACUGGUGUACUGCAAAAUCUACAACAGAUAUACUGUAUACUGAAGCAGUUCACACAUGUACACUGGUUUACUAAGAUGAGGCUGUCUUUAAUGUUUUUUCAACGUUGCCAUGGAAAAGGUGGGCACACGAACAACUGCUCCCAUUACCAUGUACAGUGUUACAGAUGUGAUGGUUGAGGGAUUUCCCUGCCCAUUCAUCUCCACCAUUCACCAUCAUCCCGUGAAGAAGCCGGCUGUGCAGCACAUAAUUUGCAAAUGAUGUGCUCAAAUCUUGACUCGAGGGACAUAGCCUUCUGCUGAACCAGACCAGAAUUUAGGCUUUGGUAUCAAGGAUGGGAAGCCCAAACAGUUGUGAGGAAAAGUUAUGUGGAACAUGCUCCUGUUAUUAUUAGUUACAUCUCUAGCUAUAUAUGAGUAAAUGAAAUAUCAUGUGAGCACCUUGUUACCCUAUUUAUUGAAGAACCCUUUUGUAUAAGAAGGGUGUAUACUGUAGGUCGGAGAUUGUGAUGACCACAACCGAUUGACAGAUGAAUCAUUGGUUGUGUUAAACAUUGAUGCUUAUUGUAAUGUAAUGAAAAAGAAAUGAUUGUUUGGAGAUCAGUUCAAUAUCAUGAGAUGGAUGAUGGUGAAUACUGGUGUCACACAAAUAUGUGGAAAUGUGAAACGCUUUAAAAAGACUUUGACCAAUUACAGGGUUUAACUGCUGUUUGGGGGGAAAAAACUUUUGAUUUUUUGUUUUAAUAUUAUAUGUGAGGAAAAAUAAAAUACAGUUUACAUUUGUUCAACAGAUGUACGUUUUCAGCACUCAAGCUGUGUAUCAUAAGUAUGUGUCGUAAGAAGGAACCUGUGAUUUUAUUCCAUUCUCUCUGAAUAUAAAACGUUACAGUACUGCCUACAAAUAAUUUAAGCCCUCUUAGAUACAGGGGUGUUGAAGACAAUAGGCAUGUACAGUAUCUAUUGUAAUCAGGUAUACUCUAUAAGCAUAAAAUUCUAACUUAGGUGUGUGAAAUGAAUGUGCCAUAUGUUAUGUAUAUAUAUAAAAGUACUUUGAUCCUUUUAUACACACACAUAUAUAUAAGUAUAUACUGUGUAUACUUCAGUACAAGUAUAGUACACGUACAAGUAAAAGGAUAGAAUAUAUUUUAAAAAGUAUUUUAAUCACAUACUGUACUAAGAUUGUGCUUAUAA